AUGUUUGAACAGAGUUGUUUUUGUCAUCUCCUAGGGAUUGAGGACCUCAAGUGGACUUCUCCGAUUGUCCACGGGUUGCUGCUCAGGAAAGCUGAUCCCAAGACAGUUUCCCAACUGAACGGGAUCAAAUUCAUUGUUGGCAAGAAGGUCAUCCAAUUCACGGCGCAACAAUUUUGCAUCGUGACCGGGCUAAGGUUUGGAAACCUUCCCUUUAUUCCGAUUCCCACGAAUGAGAACUGCUCAUUGAAACGGAAGUACUUUGCCAACGAUAAAACUGUGAACCUGUUGGAAUUAGAAAAGGCCUUCCUCGAAUGCGAUGAUGUGGACGAUGUAUUCAAGCUUGGAUUCGUAUACUUUGCUGUCUUUGUGCUGUUGGGCAGCGAAAAACAUGUCCACAUUGACAUGCGAUAUUUGAAGUUGGCGGAAGACCUUGAAGACUUUGGGAAGUAUCCAUGGGGUGCUGUGUCUUAUGCGAAGACAAAUGCGUCACUGCUGAGGGCACUUUGUGCAGAUUACCAGCGAGUGAAAGUGCCCACAAAAACUGCCAAAAAAAAAAAAUCUGGAAAGAAACCAACAACAACGGCAACCGGUAGACCAAGAGAGUACCACCUCAAAGGUUUUCCCUAUGCACUUCAGCUGGGUUGA